AAGGUAAAUGCCGGCGCCGCGGCUCAGAGGGAAGAGUAACUUACGAUCUGCGCCUAGAUUUUUCCUAGUAACCCUCCUAACCCAUCCCCCUAACUGACAAAAACGACUCUUCCAUCCGGGAGACUUUGGGAUUUCCGGGCUACAGGACUCCACCCCCCCACCACCUAGUCAGUCCCCCCACCAACGUUGGGCCUGGGGCACUUCCCAAAUGCCUAAGGACGCAGGGGGUUGCGCUAGUAAGUUGAAGGCCCAGGGUACCCCCUUUCUAGGGUUGACGACCCGUAAAGACUCCUCAUUGGCCCCGCCCUCUACGCCCAGUAUCCUAUUUUUAAUUUUUUUUUAAAUUAUUGGUUUCUUAAAUAGAGCCAGGGUAUCGCCAUGUUGCCCAGGCUCGUCUUGAACUCCUGGCCUCAAGCCAUCCUCCCCACUCGACCUCUCAAAGUAUCGAGAUUACAGGCGUGAGCCACUGUGCCCGGCCGUCCCCAUGCCCAGUCUCCUAUUAAAUCCUGCUGGAGGUGCCUGGCUCCCUGGGGCUGGGUGGAAAGGGUGGUGUAGGGGAAGUUGCCCUCCGUCCCAGCACAGUUUAGGAGCCGGCGACCUCCUCUCUCCUUCGGCUGCUCCUCGGACGUUUUUGGCUCAGGGCCGCGAAAACUGUCGAAGACCUGCGGGCCAGGGACUGCUGAGCACCUCCAUCCAAGGUCCCCAAUGCUUUUCUCCAUCUACCCUUUAGAGUGGGUGUCACGAUUGCCACUGGAAAGGCUAAGUGACUUGCCCUAAGUCACAUAAUUUAAAUGGCAGAACUGGAGUUUCGCACAGAACCUGUCCCGACUUAAAGCCCUUUGCUUAGGCCCCAUUUAACUUCCUCAAACCUUAACUUAGGAGAGUGCAGGCGCUGGGGACCGCAGAGUCAUUUUUGUUGCCCAGCGGUGCCGUCGCGUGCAGCUUUGGGCCCAGGUGCAGAACCCAACCGCGCAUCCCCAGCGCGCACUUCGUCCACCCGGCUGCCAGAGCGGACACAUCGGUCCGGCCUCGGUUUCCCCCUUCUGAACAAAAGCGCGCACAGUGUGCUCCCCGCACCAAGCCGGGACUGUGGACCCCUGGACGGUUCUAUCUCCUCCUUUCCCCGCUUGCCGGACCCUCCUCUGGGGACAGACGGACCGCGCGCGUCCUUGCCGCGGCGGCGGGUCGGGUGGGUGGGGUUUGCUGCACUGCCGCUGCGGCGGCGGCGGCGCCAGUGGGUCCUCCGGUGACUCUGGGGCGGGGCUGUGAGGAGGGCACGGACUGACAGACGGACUCCGGCGGAAUGGGGGGUGUGGCCGCUCCGCCAGGGUCCCCAGGGUGGGAGAGCGGCUCCGCGGCCACCGAUGCCCGGACCCCCUCUGUCUUCUGCUAGACAUGCUCUUCCUCUCGUUUCAUGCAGGCUCUUGGGAAAGCUGGUGCUGCUGCUGCCUGAUUCCCGCCGACAGACCCUGGGACCGGGGCCAACACUGGCAGCUGGAGAUGGCCGACACGAGAUCCGUGCACGAGACUAGGUUUGAGGCGGCCGUGAAGGUGAUCCAGAGUUUGCCGAAGAAUGGUUCAUUCCAGCCAACAAAUGAAAUGAUGCUUAAAUUUUAUAGCUUCUAUAAGCAGGCAACUGAAGGACCCUGUAAACUUUCAAGGCCUGGAUUUUGGGAUCCUAUUGGAAGAUAUAAAUGGGAUGCUUGGAGUUCACUGGGUGAUAUGACCAAAGAGGAAGCCAUGAUUGCAUAUGUUGAAGAAAUGAAAAAGAUUAUUGAAACUAUGCCAAUGACUGAGAAAGUUGAAGAAUUGCUGCGUGUCAUAGGUCCAUUUUAUGAAAUUGUCGAGGACAAAAAGAGUGGCAGGAGUUCUGAUAUAACCUCAGUCCGACUGGAGAAAAUCUCUAAAUGUUUAGAAGAUCUUGGUAAUGUUCUCACUUCUACUCCAAACGCCAAAACCGUUAAUGGUAAAGCUGAAAGCAGUGACAGUGGAGCCGAGUCUGAGGAAGAAGAGGCCCAAGAAGAAGUGAAAGGAGCAGAACAAAGUGAUAAUGAUAUAAAUGAUGAUCAUGUUGAAGAUGUUACAGGAAUUCAGCAUUUGACAAGCGAUUCAGACAGUGAAGUUUACUGUGAUUCUAUGGAACAAUUUGGACAAGAAGAGUCUUUAGACAGCUUUACGUCCAACAAUGGACCAUUUCAGUAUUACUUGGGUGGUCAUUCCAGUCAACCCAUGGAAAAUUCUGGAUUUCGUGAAGAUAUUCAAGUACCUCCUGGAAAUGGCAACAUUGGGAAUAUGCAGGUGGUUGCAGUUGAAGGAAAAGGUGAAGUCAAGCAUGGAGGAGAAGAUGGCAGGAAUAACAGCGGAGCGCCACACCGGGAGAAGCGAGGUGGAGAAACUGACGAAUUCUCUAAUGUUAGAAGAGGAAGAGGACAUAGGAUGCAACACUUGAGCGAAGGAACCAAGGGCCGGCAGGUGGGAAGUGGAGGUGAUGGGGAGCGCUGGGGCUCCGACAGAGGGUCCCGAGGCAGCCUCAAUGAGCAGAUCGCCCUCGUGCUGAUGAGACUGCAGGAAGACAUGCAGAAUGUCCUUCAGAGACUGCAGAAACUGGAAACGCUGACUGCUUUGCAGGCAAAAUCGUCAACAUCAACAUUGCAGACUGCUCCUCAGCCCACCUCACAGAGACCAUCUUGGUGGCCCUUCGAGAUGUCUCCUGGUGUGCUAACUUUUGCCAUCAUAUGGCCUUUUAUUGCACAGUGGUUGGUGUAUUUAUACUAUCAACGAAGGAGAAGAAAACUGAACUGAGGAAAAUGGUGUUUUCCUCAAGAAGACUACUGGAACUGGAUGACCUCAGAAUGAACUGGAUUGUGGUGUUCACAAGAAAAUCUUAGUUUGUGAUGAUUACAUUGCUUUUUGUUGUCCAGUAGUUUAGUUUGUGUACAUAUAUACACAUAUAUAUUUUGCACUACACAAACGAUAACAUUUUAAGGACUAAUAUUGCUGAUACUUGAAUAAUCAAUCUCUACUAGGUUAUAAGUAGUAUACACAGAUUUACCCUGCCCUUGAACUUGAAGGACAUUAAAUUAUUAAUGAUCAUUUGGUAACAUGUUUACCUGAUUAUCUUCCAUAGAGUAACAUAAGCUGCUUUUCAAAGGUACCAUUGUGAUAAUGAGAUCAAAUUUAUAAGUUAUUAUUUUUAAUUUUCUAAAUUAAAUAAAAGAAAGAAUGCAAACCAGGAGUGAAUUUCAAAUGAGAUGUAAUCGACUUUAUAUCUUAGUCACGGAGUUGCCAUGGCACGUAGUAGAAAACCACAGGAAGAAUGGUCAUAUUCACUUUGUGGGCUGCCCAUAAUCUUUCUUGGGCAUUCACAACUCUUGAGUUUGGUGUUCAGGCAUCAUUAUUAAAAAGUGGAGUCCUAUGUACCAGACUGAGUUUUUACAAAUGAUUUGCAGACUAGACAUAACCCACUGAUGGAAAUGGUGAAGAAUGAGCUUCAUAUAGGUUUAAAAGUGUAUUCUGAGCCUGUAGAUGAUUAAUAAGGUUUUUAUUCAAUCAUAUAAAUGUAUUCCUUUGUAAUCAUUUUUGUUUAACUGAGGAUAUCUAGUGUCUGCUUCAUAGGGUGCUUUGAAAUAUAAAAUGAAAACUUAUUUAUACUGUUUUUACAACAGUCAAAAAGGAAACACACGAAAAUCACUUUUCUGCAACUGAUGAACUAUACAGACUGGACUCUUAACCUCUUAGUGCCUCAGUUUUUCCUUCGGGGUGUACUAUUUUAGAUACACCUACUUCACAGGAGUACUGGAGGGAUUUGCAAGCUAACGGGCCAAAUGCUUCCAUAGGAAUAAGGCAUGCCCAGCUAACAGAAAUUUAAGUCCCUCUUCCCCACCUCUCUCAUCUAGACCAAAAAGAAGACUACAAUUUAGAUCCUUGGAGACUUUUCCUGUAUGCCUUCCAAAACUUCCUGCUCACUUAGAUGUACCUUGUGCUUUGAAGAUUUCUUUGAUGCAGUCUUUGUAACAAAUAAUUUUUUUUUUUUUUAAACGGAGUUUCUCUCUUGUUGCCCAGGCUGGAGGGCAAUGGCGUGAUCUUGGCUCACUGCAACUUCCACCUCCUGGGUUCAAAUGAUUCUCCUGUCUCACUCUCCCAAAUAGCUGGGAUUACAGGCAUGCACCACCAUGCCUGGCUAAUUUUGUAUUUUUAGUAGAGACGGGGUUUCUCCAUGUUGGUAAGGCUGAUCUCAAACUCCCAACCUCAGGUGAUCUGCCCGCCUCGGCCUCCCAAAGUGCUGGGAUUAGAGGCGUGAGCCACUGCACCUGGCCUGUAGCAAAUAAUUUUUAAGCAUUCUCAAGAUGUAUGAUGUUGGGUUUAGCAUCAUAUGUUCACAGUGUUUUAAAUAAGAAAUAAUCUGUCUUUAGUAUACAGGAUGGUUCUUUGUUUGCCUGAAAAGUAUAAGAAUACAAUUUACUUUUCCCAAACUCUUUUUCCUUAUUUUUUUCUUUCAAAUAACUUUAAUUAUUUAAUCCCAUACUGAUUAAAAUAUGUCUGUCUAAAGGGAUCUACUACUAUUUGCUUUUAAAAAAGUGUUCCCUAUUUAUUUAGGAAAAAGUGAAGCAAGCAACUGAAUUUAUAUGUAAAAAUAACAUUUAGACCUGUGGAUCAAAGAUUAUUUUCAAAAAUGAGAUAUCAAUUUGGUAUCAGUAAAAAGUGUCUUUUCUCUUAGUAUAUAAAUAAAUAAAAUGCAAAUUAAGAGUGUAAGCAGUUGUGAAUCAUUACAAGCAGUCUGGGAUAACUAACUCCUAGGGAUAACCAUUUCUAUCCUGUUCCAAAGUCUUAUUUUAUAGUUUGAAAAGCACUUUGCACACAGUUCUUGUAUAUAAAAGUAAAGAUGUAAUUAUAGGAUAUAGUGUUCCUGCUUUGUUUAAUAAGAACCUCAUUUAAACUUGACAGCUAUGGUAUUUUUUUAAUGAUAACUUCUUUUCUGUUUAUUGUAAAACUAAGUUAAAAAUAAAAGGUUAAUGAGAAAUGA